AUGGCUUUCAGUGGCGACGAGGGUGCACGGAGCAGGGGGCCUCGGCAGUCCGGGACUGCCGAGGCCCCCUGCUCCGUGCACCCUCCAACACCCUCCAACACCCUCCAACACCCUCCAACAUGCAGGGACGACCAGGUGGUUUUGCAGUGCACCGCGUCAGUCCUGAAGGAGCAGAUCAAGCUAUGUCUGUCCUGCGAGGGCUUCGGGAACCGUCUGUGCUUCCUGGAAACCACGUCCAAUGCUCAGAAUGUGCCCCCAGACCUGGCCAUAUGUGCUUUUAUUCUGGAACAGUCUCUGUCGGUCCGCGCCUUGCAAGAGAUGCUCGCCAACACGGUGGAGAUGACUGAGGCAGUUGAUUUGGACAAAUGGUCAUCGCAAGGCGGAGGUCAUCGCACCCUACUGUACGGCCAUGCCAUUCUCCUGAGACACAACCACUCAGGAAUGUACCUGAGCUGUUUGACCACAUCUCGGUCACUCACGGACAAGCUGGCCUUUGACGUGGGAUUACAAGAAGAUUCUACAGGUGAGGCAUGUUGGUGGACCAUCCAUCCAGCGUCCAAGCAGAGGUCAGAGGGUGAGAAGGUCAGGGUGGGAGAUGACCUCAUCCUGGUCAGCGUGUCAUCUGAGAGAUACCUGCAUCUGUCCUAUGCCAGCGGAGAUUUAAUGGUGGAUGCCUCCUUCAUGCAGACCCUAUGGAACAUGAACCCUGUGUGCUCUGGAUGCGAGCUGGCUGAGGGGCAUCUGACUGGAGGUCACGUCCUCAGGCUUUUCCAUGGCCAUAUGGAUGAGUGUCUGGCCAUCUCCACACCAGAGGAAGGCGAGGAAAAGCGCAGGAUGGCCCACUAUGAAGGUGGUACCGUGUGUAGCCAGGCUCGAUCCCUGUGGAGGCUGGAGCCCCUGAGAAUCAGUUGGAGCGGUGGUCACAUGAAAUGGGGCCAGUCAUUUCGAGUUCGUCACAUCACCACAGGCCGGUACCUGUGUCUGGAUGAGGAGAAGGGCCUGUUGGUGGUAGAUCCUGAGAAGGCCAACACCAAGCUGUCUGCCUUCUGCUUCCGUGCAUCAAAGGAGAAGGUGGAGGUGGCUCAGAAGCGGGAUGUUGAAGGGAUGGGCAUCCCAGAGAUCAAGUAUGGAGAGUCCAUGUGCUUCGUCCAGCAUGUGUCCACAGGUCUGUGGCUCACCUAUGCUGCCCUAGAUGCCAAAGCAGCUCGUCUGGGCACAAUGAAGAGGAAGGCCAUUCUUCACCAAGAGGGCCACAUGGACGAUGCCCUGACUGUGUCACGUUCCCAGACAGAGGAGUCUCAGGCUGCACGUAUGAUCUACAGCACAACAGGCCUCUUCAGACAGUUCAUCAAGGGUUUGGAUUCUCUGAGUGGGAAGAGCAAAGCCCCGGGGCCCAUGUCCCUACCUCUGGAGGGGGUGAUCCUCUCCCUGCAGGAUCUCAUCUUCUACUUUCGUCCUCCCGAGGAGGAGCUGGAGCACGAGGAGAAGCAGACCAAGCUCCGCUCCCUCCGCAACCGACAGAACCUCUUCCAGGAGGAGGGCAUGAUCACCAUCGUCCUGGAGUGCAUCGACCGGCUGAACGUGUACAACACUGCUGCCCACUUCUCUGAAUCUGCCGGUGAGGAGGCUGCAGAGUCCUGGAAGGAGAUCGUCAACCUGCUUUACGAGCUGCUGGCUUCUCUAAUCAGAGGGAACCGUUCUAAUUGUGCGCUGUUCUGUGAUAACCUGGACUGGCUGGUCAGCAAACUGGACCGACUGGAGGCCUCCUCAGGUAUUCUGGAAGUGCUGUACUGUGUGCUAAUUGAAAGCCCUGAGGUUCUGAACAUCAUCCAGGAGAACCACAUCAAAUCCAUCAUCUCUCUGCUGGACAAACAUGGGCGGAACCACAAGGUCUUGGAUGUCUUGCGCUCUCUGUGUGUGUGUAACGGUGUGGCUGUGAGGUCCAAUCAGAACCUCAUCACCGAAAACCUGCUUCCGGGUCGCGACCUCCUGUUGCAGACCAACAUCGUAAACUAUGUGACCAGUGUGAGGCCAAACAUCUUUCUGGGUACAUGCGAGGGGUCCACCCAGUAUAAAAAGUGGUACUUUGAGGUGAUGGUAGACUAUGUGGAGGCCUUCGUGACGGCGCAGGCCACGCAUCUGCGUGUCGGCUGGGCGAUGACAGAGGGCUACAGCCCUUACCCCGGAGGAGGAGAGGGUUGGGGAGGCAACGGUGUGGGGGAUGACCUCUACUCCUAUGGGUUUGAUGGGCUGUGUCUGUGGUCAGGAACUGUCCCCCGCCAUGUGGCUUCGCCCAGUCAACACACCCUGGCUGCCGAUGAUGUGGUCAGCUGCUGUCUUGAUCUGAGCGUGCCCAGUAUCUCCUUCCGUAUCAACGGCCACCCUGUCCUGGGCAUGUUUGAGAACUUCAACGUGGACGGCCUGUUCUUCCCUGUCAUCAGCUUUUCUGCUGGAGUCAAGGCUCGCUUCCUCCUGGGUGGUCGUCAUGGAGACUUCAAGUUCAUGCCCCCGCCGGGCUACGCCCCCUGCUACGAGGCCCUGCUGCCCAAAGAGAGGAUGCGCAUCGAGCCCAUCAAGGAGUACAAACACGACUUUGACGGUGUCCGCAACCUGCUGGGUCCUACUCAGUCCCUCACCCACACCUCCUUCACACCCUGCCCUGUGGACACUGUUCAGAUCGUGUUGCCGCCCCACUUGGAGCGAAUCCGCGAGAAGCUGGCGGAGAACAUCCACGAGCUCUGGGCUGUCACCCGCAUCGAGCAGGGAUGGACCUACGGCACCCUUAGGGAUGACAACAAGAAGCUCCAUCCCUGUCUGGUGGACUUCCAGAAUCUCCCAGAGCCAGAGAGGAACUAUAACCUGCAGAUGUCUGGAGAAACCCUCAAGACUCUCCUAGCGCUGGGCUGCCAUGUUGGCAUGGGGGAUGAGAAAGCAGAGGAGAACCUCAAGAAGAUCAAGCUACCCAAGACCUAUGUGAUGAGCAGUGGAUACAAGCCUGCCCCCCUGGACCUUAGCCACGUCAAGCUGACACCCAACCAGAACCAGCUGGUGGAGAAGCUGGCCGAAAAUGGACACAACGUGUGGGCAAGGGACAGGGUACGGCAAGGAUGGACCUACAGUAUUGUGCAGGACAUUGUGAACAAGCGUAACCCUCGUCUGGUACCGUACAACCUGCUGGACGAGAGAACUAAGAAGACAAACCGAGACAGCGUCAACAACGCUGUCCGUACUCUCAUUGGCUAUGGCUACAACAUCGAGCCUCCAGAUCAGGAGAGCACUGGCCAUGGCCUUGAGAACACCCGCGGGGACAAGGUGCGAAUCUUCCGGGCGGAGAAGUCGUAUGCUGUCACCCAGGGGAAGUGGUACUUUGAGUUUGAGGCAGUGACUACAGGCGAGAUGAGAGUAGGAUGGGCCCGUCCUAAUGUCCGCGCCGACACUGAGCUCGGAGCGGACGAGUUAGCCUAUGUCUUCAAUGGCAACAAGGCCCAGCGCUGGCAUAUUGGCAAUGAGCCGUUUGGUCGCCAGUGGCAGUCCGGUGAUGUGGUCGGCUGUAUGAUUGACCUAACUGAAAUGAACAUCAUGUUUACUCUCAAUGGAGAGAUGCUGAUCAGCGACUCCGGCUCCGAAAUGGCUUUCAAGGACAUCGAAAUUGGAGAUGGAUUCAUCCCAGUAUGUACGCUGGGCCUGUCACAGGUUGGCAGAAUCAACCUUGGCCAGAAUGUCAGCAGUUUGCGUUACUUUGCCAUCUGCGGCCUGCAGGAAGGCUUUGAACCCUUUGCCAUCAACAUGAAAAGAGAUAUCACCAUGUGGUUCAGCAAAAGUCUGCCCCAGUAUGUGCCUGUGCCCACUGAUCACAACCAUAUUGAGGUAUCCCGUGUGGAUGGGACGGUGGACAGUGCCCCCUGUCUAAAGCUGACCCACAGGACCUACGGCUCCCAGAAUGCCAACACCAACAUGUUGUUCCUCAGACUCAGUAUGCCUGUGCAGUUCAACGAGAUCUUCAAGAUCCCGGCGGGCACCACCCUGCUUACCCGUGCCCUGACCAUCCCGGAGGACGAGGUGGUGGUGGUGGAGCCCGACUCGGAGUUUGAAGUGCUUAAGAAGUCCGCCAGCCGCAAGGAGCAGGAGGAGGAGAAGAAGGAGCCGUCAGUUCCUAAGGAGGUCGCUGUUGAGAAUGAGAAGGACACUGUCUCGGAGAAGGGGAAAAAGAGGGGAUUCUUCUCCAAGGCGAGGAAGGCUGCCAUGACACCUCUUGCCCCUCCUCCUGCACCUCCUACUGUUCCUCGUCUGACAGAGGAUGUGGUCCCCGAUGACAGGGACGACCGCGAGAUCAUCCUCAACACCACCACUUAUUACUACUCUGUAAGGAUCUUUGCUGGGCAAGAGCCCUCUGGUGUGUGGAUUGGCUGGGUGACCCCUGACUAUCACCAGUAUGACCCAAGCUUCGACCUUACCAAAGUCCGCAGCGUCACGGUUACUGUGGGAGACGACAAGGGGAACAUCCAUGACAGUAUGAAGCACAGUAACUGUUACAUGGUGUGGGGAGGGGACCUUGUCAGCACCCAGCAGACUCGCUUCAGCCAGGAGGACAUGGUGGUUGGCUGUCUGGUCGACCUGGCGACAGGUCUCAUGACCUUUACGGCCAAUGGGAAGGAGAUCAACACCUUCUACCAGGUGGAGCCCAACACCAAGCUGUUCCCUGCUGUCUUUAUCCAACCCUCCAGUCAGAACAUGGUGCAGCUGGAGCUGGGCAAACUCAAGAACAUCAUGCCCAUCUCAGCAGCCAUGUUCCGCAGCGAGCGUAAAAACCCGGUGCCCCAGUGUCCUCCCAGGCUGGACGUCCAGAUGCUGACCCCAGUGAUCUGGAGCCGCAUGCCAAAUCAUUUCCUGAACCCGGAUGUGGGCCGAGUGAGCGAAAGGCUUGGCUGGAUGGUGGAGUGUACUGAACCUCUCAUCAUGAUGGCCCUGCACAUCCCGGAAGAGAACAGGUGCAUUGACAUCCUGGAGCUGUCAGAGCGUCAUGACCUGAUGAAGUUCCACUACCACACACUGAUGCUGUACUGUGCCGUGUGUGCUCUGGGCAACAACCGCGUGGCCCACGCCUUAUGCAGCCACGUGGACGAGUCCCAGCUUUUCUAUGCCAUCGAGAACACCUACCUGCCAGGACCCCUGCGCAGCGGCUACUACGACCUGCUCAUCAGCAUCCACCUGGAGUCUGCCAAACGGGCACGCCUGGGCACCAACAGGGAGUUCAUCGUGCCAAUGACGGAGGAGACCCUCAGCAUAAAACUGUAUCCCGAUGAGGAGAAGGCCCACUUUUUGCCUGGCGUGGGUCUCACCACCUGCUUGCGGCCCAAGCUGCAUUUCUCAUCCAUCAACUUUGUGGGAACAGACCCUGACCUUUACACCCUGAGUCCCAUCUUCCCCCUGCAGGAGCUGAAGACAGAGGCCAUCAGCAUGCUGACGGAGGCCGUGCUGGACGGCAGCCAGGCCAUGCGCGACCCGGUUGGCGGCAGUGUUGAGUUCCACUUUGUCCCCAUCCUGAAGCUCAUCAGCACGCUGCUCAUCAUGGGCAUCUUCAACGACGAGGACACCAUGCACAUACUCAAGAUGAUUGACCCCAACGUCUUCGCCAGCAAAAAGGAGGAGGCAACUGAGGACGGGGAGAAAGGAGAGGAGGGCGGAACCGGCAAGGAGGGCGGUAAGGAGGCGAAGGAGAAAGAGGAGGGGGCCAAGGAAGAGGAGGGCGAGGCGGAACUUGACGAUGACGAGGGCAUGGGUGAAGAUGAGGAAGAGGAGGAGCUUAAAGGCCUAAAGAAAGGAGAAGGCGAGGAGGAGGAGGGGGAACCUAAAGAGGAAGGGGAGGGAGAGGAGAAAGAGAAGGAGGAAGAAGAUGCCAAAGCAGAAAAGCUGGGUGGAGAGAAGACAGAGGAGGAGAAGGAGGCUGAAGCAGUUGAGGAGGAAUUAAAAGAUGAAGAGGAGGGUCUGGAGGAAGGACUGCUCCAGAUGAAGCUGCCUGAGUCUGUUAAACUGCAGAUGUGCACACUGCUGCAAUACUUCUGCGACUGCGAACUGAGGCACAGAGUGGAGGCCAUAGUGGCCUACUCGGACCAGUUUGUCAAUGAAAUUCAGAGCAACCAGCGUGUCCGCUACAACCAGCUGAUGAGGGCCUUCACCAUGAGUGCAGCCGAGACCGCACGCAAGACCCGCGAGUUUCGCUCACCUCCCCAGGACCAGGUUAUUUUGCUGACCAACUUCAAGCAUGGCCCAGAUGAUGAGGAGUGCCCCGUACCAGAGGACAUCAGGGACACUCUGGCAUUGUUCCAUAAUGACCUCCUUCUUCACUGUGGUAUUCAUAUUGAGGAGGAGGAAGUGGAAGAGGAGGUAGACACCUCCCUCAGGGGUCGACUCCUUAGUCUGGUGGACAAGGUCAAGAACCUCCGCAAGAAGAAGGAAGAUGAGGAGCCAGAGGUGGAGGAGGAACCCAAGCCUAACACCCUUCAGGAGCUGAUAUCCCACACCAUGAUCCACUGGGCCCAGGAGUCGUUCAUCCAAAACCCUGAACUGGUGCGUCUGAUGUUCAGCCUCCUCCACAGGCAGUACGACGGGCUGGGGGAGCUCAUCCGGGCUCUGCCCAAAGCCUAUGCUAUCAACGCAGUGUCAGUUCAGGACACCAUGGACCUGCUGGAAUGCCUGGGCCAGAUCCGGUCACUGCUCAUUGUCCAGAUGGGCCCAGAGGAAGAGCGACUGAUGAUCCAGAGCAUUGGGAAUAUCAUGAACAACAAAGUGUUCUACCAGCACCCCAACCUAAUGAGAGCCCUCGGUAUGCACGAGACGGUCAUGGAGGUGAUGGUCAACGUGUUGGGAGGAGGAGGAGACUCAAAGGAGAUCCGGUUCCCCCAGAUGGUGACCAACUGCUGCCGUUUCCUGUGCUAUUUCUGCCGCAUCAGUCGCCAGAACCAGCGCUCCAUGUUCGACCACCUCAGCUACCUGUUGCAGAACAGUGGCAUUGGCCUGGGCAUGCGUGGCUCGACCCCCCUGGACGUGGCUGCCGCCUCUUGCAUCGACAACAAUGAACUGGCCUUGGCUCUGCAGGAGCAGGACCUGGAGAUGGUGGUCACCUACCUGGCGGGUUGUGGGCUCCGCAUGUGCCCCAUGCUGUUGUCUAAGGGUUACCCUGACAUCUGCUGGAACCCUUGUGGAGGAGAGAGAUACCUGGACUUCCUCCGCUUCGCCGUCUUCGUCAACGGGGAGAGCGUGGAGGAGAACGCCAAUGUCGUGGUGCGUCUGCUGAUCCGUCGGCCUGAGUGCUUCGGCCCAGCCCUAAGAGGAGAGGGAGGCAACGGUCUGCUAGCAGCUAUCGAGGAGGCCAUCAAGAUCUCCGAGGACCCGGCUAGGGAUGGACCCACUGUCAAAAAAGACAGACGCUUCAUGUUUGGCGGUGAGGAGCAGCAGGAGGAGAACCGUGUCCAUCUGGGAAACGCUAUCAUGUCCUUCUACUCCGCCCUCAUCGAUUUACUGGGCCGCUGUGCCCCUGAGAUGCAUCUGAUCCAAGCUGCCAAGGGCGAGGCUCUAAGGAUCAGGGCCAUUCUGAGGUCUCUGGUGCCGAUCGAGGACCUAGUUGGAGUCAUCAGCCUCCCUGUGCAAAUCCCUGCCUAUGGCAAAGACGGCCACAUCGUCGAACCCAAGAUGUCGGCCAGCUUUGUGCCCGAUCACAAGGCCUCCAUGGUGCUGUUCCUCGAUAGAGUGUACGGUAUCGACAACCAGGACUUCCUGCUUCACGUCCUGGAGGUGGGCUUCCUGCCUGACAUGAGGGCUGCGGCCUCCCUGGACACUGUGGCCUUCAGUACCAUGGAAAUGGCUUUGGCAUUGAACCGCUAUCUCUGUUCAGCCGUGCUCCCUCUGCUCACCAAAUGUGCCCCAUUGUUUGCUGGCACGGACCACCGCGCCAUCAUGAUUGACUCCUUGCUCCACACCAUCUACCGCCUGUCUCGUGGCCGAGCCCUCACCAAGGCCCAGAGGGACGUCAUUGAGGAAUGCCUCAUGUCCCUGUGCAAGUAUCUCCGUCCCUCCAUGCUGCAGCAUCUGCUCAGGAGGCUGGUGUUCGAUGUGCCCAUCCUUAAUGAGUACGCCAAGAUGCCUCUAAAGUUGCUGACCAAUCACUAUGAGCGCUGCUGGAAAUACUACUGCUUGCCAAAUGGCUGGGCUAACUUCGGGGUGACCUCAGAGGAAGAGCUGCAUCUUUCCCGUAAACUCUUCUGGGGCAUCUUCGAAUCUCUGGCGCACAAGAAAUUUGAUGCCGAGCUCUUCAAGAUCGCCAUGCCCUGCAUCUGUGCCAUAGCCGGAGCCAUACCGCCUGACUAUGUGGACGCCAGCUACUCUUCCCACACUGAGAAGAAGGCCUCUGUUGACGCCGAGGGCAACUUUGACCCCAAACCAGUGGAGACUACCAACACAAUCAUCCCAGAGAGACUGGAUACCUUCAUCAACAAGUAUGCCGAGCACACCCACGACAAGUGGGCCUUUGAAAAGAUUCAGAACAACUGGACCUACGGAGAGGUCUUAGACGAUGAUGCCAAGACCCACCCCAUGCUCCGCCCAUACAAGACCUUCUCUGAAAAGGACAAGGAGAUCUAUCGCUGGCCAAUCAAAGAGUCCAUUAAAGCCAUGCUGGCGUGGGAGUGGACCCUGGAGAAAGCCAGGGACGGAGAGGGGGAGGUGGAGAAGAAAGCCACCACACGCAAGAUCUCCCAAACUGCCCAGGCCACCUAUGACCCCAGCCAUGGCUACAGCCCUCAGCCAGUGGACAUCACAGGAAUGGCUCUCUCCAGAGAGCUGCAGUCUAUGGCUGAGCAGCUGGCUGAGAACUACCAUAACACCUGGGGCAGGAAGAAGAAGCUGGAGUUACAAGCUAAAGGCGGGGGCACCCACCCAUUGCUUGUGCCGUAUGACACCCUGACGGCAAAGGAGAAAGCCAGGGACAGAGAGAAGGCCCAGGACCUGCUCAAGUUCCUCCAGCUCAAUGGCUAUGCUGUGACGAGAGGUAUGAAGGACAUGGAGCAGGACAUCUCCUCCAUUGAGAAACGUUUUGCAUACGGAUUCCUUCAGAAGCUCCUCAAGUGGAUGGACAUUGCUCAGGAAUUCAUUGCCCAUCUUGAGGCUGUGGUGAGCAGCGGUAGAGUGGAGAAGUCACCACAUGAACAGGAGAUCAAAUUCUUUGCUAAGAUCCUCCUACCACUGGUUAAUCAAUACUUCAAAAACCACUGCCUCUACUUCCUGUCCACUCCUGCUAAAGUGUUGGGCAGUGGAGGACAUUCGUCCAAUAAGGAGAAGGAGAUGAUUGCGAGUAUCUUCUGUAAGUUGGCUGCUUUGGUGAGACACAGAGUUUCUCUCUUUGGAACGGACGCCGGUGCGGUGGUAAACUGUCUGCACAUCUUGUCGAGAUCACUGGAUGCCAGGACUGUGAUGAAAUCUGGCCCCGAGAUCGUAAAAGCUGGUCUGCGACAGUUCUUCGAGAGUGCUGCUGAUGACAUCGAGAAGAUGGUGGAGAAUCUCAAACUGGGCAAGGUGUCCAGUCGCAACCAGGUAAAAGGAGUGUCCCAGAACAUCAACUACACCACCAAGGCCCUGUUGCCUGUCCUCACCUCACUGUUCGACCACAUUGCCCAGCACCAGUUUGGAGACGAUGUCAUGUUGGACGACCUGCAGAUAUCCUGCUACCGUAUAAUGUGCAGUAUCUACUCUGUGGGCACCGUCAAGACCCCACAUGCAGAGAAGCAACGACCGGCCCUGGGUGAAUGCUUGGCUCAUUUAGCUGCUGCGAUGCCGGUGGCCUUCCUGGAGCCAGUUCUCAACGAGUUCAAUACAUUUUCCGUCUACACCACAAAGACUCCUAGAGAACGAUCCAUUCUGGGUCUCCCCAACCAAGUGGAAGAGCUCUGCCCCGACAUCCCAGAGCUUGAGAUCCUGAUGAAGGAGAUCAAUGACCUGGCCGAGUCUGGAGCUCGCUACACCGAGAUGCCCCACGUGAUCGAAAUCACCCUGCCGAUGCUGUGUAAUUACCUGCCCCGCUGGUGGGAGAGGGGGUCUGAGAACUUCCCGGAGCAGGAGGGGCAGCUCUGCACCGCCGUCACCUCGGAGCAACUCAACCAGUUGCUGGGGAGCAUCAUGAAGAUCGUGGUCAACAACCUGGGCAUAGACGAGGCCUCUUGGAUGAAGAGACUGGCAGUGUUUGCUCAGCCCAUCGUGAGCAGGGCCAUGCCUGAGAUGCUCAAAUCCCACUUCAUCCCCACCAUGGAGAAGCUGAAGAAGCGCUCGGGGAAGGUGGUGGCCGAAGAGGAGCAUCUGCGCAUGGAGGGCAAGACGGAGGUGGACAGUGAGGAGGGCACCAUCCGGGAUGAGUUCGCUGUGCUCUGUCGAGACCUGUACGCCCUUUACCCACUGCUCAUCCGCUACGUGGACAACAACAGGGCCAGAUGGUUGACCUGUCCAGAUCCAGAUGCGGAGGAGCUUUUCAGGAUGGUGGGAGAGGUCUUCAUCUUCUGGUCCAAAUCUCAUAACUUCAAGAGGGAGGAGCAGAACUUUGUGGUGAUGAAUGAGAUCAAUAACAUGUCCUUCCUCACGGCUGACAGCAAGAGCAAGAUGAGCAAGGCCGGAGAUGGAGAGUCCGGGGGCUCGGAGCAGGAGCGUACCAAGAAGAAACGGCGUGGGGACCGCUACUCGGUGCAGACCUCGCUCAUCGUCGCGGCGCUGAAAAAGAUGCUGCCCAUCGGACUCAACAUGUGCUCUCCCGCAGACCAGGAGCUCAUCAAUCUGGCCAAGAUCAGAUACUCACUGAAAGACACAGAUGAGGAGGUGAGGGAGUUCUUGCAGAACAAUUUGCAUCUCCAGGGCAAGGUGGAGGACCCGGCUAUGCGCUGGCAGAUGUCGCUGUACAAGGAAAUGUCUGGCAAGGCUGAGGAUGCUGAGGACCCAGAGAAGGUGGUGAAGAGAGUUCAAGAGGUGUCUGCUGUCCUUUACCACAUUGAGGUGACCGAGCAUCCGUUCAAAUCAAAGAAGAUGGUGUGGCACAAACUCCUGUCCAAACAACGUCGCAGGGCGGUCGUGGCCUGCUUCCGGAUGACCCCGCUGUACAACAUCCCAAGGCACAGGGGCUCCAACAUGUUUUUGGAUGGGUACAAGCGCAACUGGUUGGAAACGGAGGGUUACUCAUUUGAGGACAAGAUGAUUGAUGACUUAUCGAAAGCCAUGGAGGAAGAGGAGGAAGAGGAAGAGGAGACUGAGACAAAGCCUGACCCCCUUCAUCAGCUGAUUCUCCAUUUCAGCCGCACCGCUCUCACAGAGAAGACUAAACUGGACGUCGACCACCUUUACAUGUCUUAUGCUGAUAUUAUGGCAAAGAGCUGCCACAUUGGUGAGGAGGACGAAGGGGGAGAGGAGGAGGGGGAAGAGCUGUCCUUUGAGGUGCGACAGACAGAGAUGGAAAAGGAGAUGGAGAAACAGAGGCUUCUGUAUCAGCAGUCCCGUCUGCACAACCGGGGGGCUGCAGAGAUGGUGCUGCAGAUGAUCAGCGCCUGCAAAGGUGAACCUGGAGCCAUGGUCUCUUCCACCCUUAAACUGGGAAUCUCCAUCCUCAACGGAGGCAACAGUGAUGUACAGCAGAGGAUGCUGGACUAUCUGAAGGAUAAAAAGGAUGUGGGAUUCUUCCUAAGCAUUCAGUCUCUCAUGCAGACCUGCAGCGUUUUGGACCUGAAUGCUUUUGAGAGACAGAACAAGGCUGAAGGACUUGGGAUGGUUUCAGAAGAGGGCACUAAUAUGAAGCUAGAACGUGAUGAGAAAGUGAUGGCAGAUGAUGAAUUCACGUGCGACCUCUUCCGCUUCCUGCAGCUGCUUUGCGAGGGCCACAAUAACGAUUUCCAAAACUACCUACGAACACAGACAGGCAGCACCACCACCAUUAACAUCAUCAUCUGCACUGUGGACUACCUGCUCCGACUACAGGAGUCUAUCAGUGACUUCUACUGGUACUACUCGGGGAAGGACAUCAUCGACGAACCCGGCAAGAGGAACUUCUCCAAGGCCAUGACGGUGGCCAAACAGGUCUUCAACAGCUUGACUGAAUACAUCCAGGGUCCUUGCACAGGGAACCAGCAGUCGCUCGCCCACAGCAGGUUGUGGGACGCCGUCGUGGGCUUCCUUCACGUCUUCGCCCAUAUGAUGAUGAAGCUGGCUCAGAUGCACCCUGAUCCCGGACAACGAAAUGGCGAUCAUUUCUGGAGUAGAGCACACUCAGAGGACUCCAGUCAGAUUGGCCUGCUGAAAGAGUUAUUGGAUCUGCAGAAAGACAUGGUGGUGAUGCUCCUGUCUCUGCUUGAAGGCAACGUGGUAAAUGGCACCAUUGCCAGACAGAUGGUGGACAUGUUGGUGGAGUCCUCCAGCAACGUGGAGAUGAUCCUCAAGUUCUUUGACAUGUUCCUGAAGCUGAAGGACAUAGUUGCGUCAGAUGCCUUCCGCGAUUACGUCUCUGACCCCCGCGGCCUCAUCUCCAAGAAGGACUUCUCCAAGGCCAUGGACAGCCAAAAGCAAUACUCGCCCAGUGAGAUCCAGUUCCUCCUGUCCUGCUCAGAGGCAGACGAAAACGAGAUGAUCAACUUUGAGGAGUUUGCAGACCGCUUCCAGGAGCCGGCCAAAGAUAUUGGUUUCAACAUUGCUGUUCUUCUGACCAACUUGUCAGAGCACGUACCCCACGACACCCGCCUCCAGAACUUCCUGGAGCAAGCCGAGAGUGUGCUCAACUACUUCCGUCCCUUCCUAGGCCGCAUUGAGAUCAUGGGGGCCAGCAGGAAAAUCGAACGUAUUUACUUUGAGAUCAGCGAGGCUAACCGCAACCAGUGGGAGAUGCCCCAAGUCCGAGAGUCUAAACGGCAGUUCAUCUUCGACGUGGUCAAUGAGGGUGGAGAAAGUGAGAAGAUGGAGCUCUUUGUCAACUUCUGCGAGGACACCAUCUUUGAGAUGAACAUUGCUGCCUCAAUUUCCGAGCCGGAGGGCGAGGGUGGAGAAGAAGAGGAUGACGAUGAGGAGGAGGAAGGUGGAGGAGAUGAAGGGGACAUCGGAGAAGGCGAUGAAGCCAAUGGAGAGGUCAGACCUCCAGAGUCAAGCUCGGCCUUUGCUGACUUCCUGAAGAGCAUUGUCAACUUCUUCAAUAUGUUUACUUUCCGAAACCUCAGACGCCGCUACCGCAAACUGAGGAAGAUGACAGUGAAGGAGAUGAUUGUCGGACUGGCUACGUUUAUCUACACUGUUCUGAUGGGUAUCCUGCUCUUUGUCUACAGUAUAUGUAAGGGCUUCUUCAUGCUCAUUUGGAAGGCUCUGUUUGGAGGAGGCUUAGUGGAGGGGGCCAAGAAGAUGACUGUGACUGAGAUCCUCGCCAGUAUGCCAGAUCCAACGCAGGAUGAGGUUCAUGGAGACCUGCCACAAGAGCCGGGGGCCGGAGAGAUACAAGAUGCAGAUGGAACGGCUGACCUUUUGGACGUAGAAGGAGGAGAGGAGCAGGAGGAAGAUGGGGAAGAAAGGGAAGGACGCCUGCCUGGUUUAGAUUCUCCUGGUGGACUCGGUGACUUUGGUGAAACGACACCUGAAGAGCCCCCAACUCCAGAGGGCACCCCACUGCUGAAGAGGAAACUGUUGGCAGCAACAGCAGGAGGACAGGGAGAAGAGGGAGAGGGUGAACCCGAGGGAGAGGCUCCACAAGAGACUGAGAAAGCAGAUAUGGAGAAUGGUGAGAAAGAGGAGAAGGUGGAGCCCGAAACUGAACCACAGCAGGAAGAACCUGAGGAGCAGGACGUGAAGGUGAAGACCAAGACCAAGACCAAGAAGGAGAAGAAACCUGCAGAGGAGGGCUUUGAGCUGUGGAAUGAGCUGGAGAUUCAGAGAAUCAAGUUUAUGAAUUAUCUGUCUCGUAACUUCUACAACCUUCGUUUCCUGGCCCUGUUCAUCGCCUUCGCUCUCAAUUUCAUCCUGCUCUUCUACAGGGUGUCUGACAGUCCACCAGGCGAGGAGGAGUUUGAGGGCUCCGGUCUGUUUGAGGGCUCCGGCUUAUUUGAAGGAUCUGGUGCUGAGGAAGAGGGAUCUGGGCUGGACGAUGGAGGAGAGGGUGACGGCGACGAUGACGAAGGGCCCGUGUACUACUUCCUGGAGGAGAGCACGGGCUACAUGGAACCCACCCUAUCCUUCCUGGCCCUCUUCCAUACUGUCAUCUCUUUCCUCUGCAUCAUUGGUUACAACUGUCUCAAGGUCCCCCUGGUCAUCUUCAAGAGGGAGAAGGAACUUGCCAGGAAACUGGAGUUUGAUGGCAUCUACGUCACAGAGCAGCCCGAAGACGACGACAUCAAAGGCCAGUGGGACAGACUGGUGCUGAACACCCCGACAUUCCCCAACAACUACUGGGACAAGUUUGUGAAGAGGAAGGUGCUGGAUAAAUACGGUGACAUCUAUGGUAGAGAGAGGAUAGCAGAGCUGCUCGGUAUGGACCUGGCGUCGCUCGAUGUCAGCGCCAUGACCCAUGAAAAGAAAGCUGAACCCGACAACUCCAUGCUCAGCUGGAUCACCUCCACCGACAUCAAGUAUCAGAUCUGGAAGUUUGGGGUGGUGUUCACUGACAACACGUUCCUCUACCUGGUGUGGUACAUGUUCAUGUCGAUGCUCGGACACUACAACAACUUCUUCUUCGCUUGCCACCUCCUGGACAUCGCCAUGGGGGUCAAAACCUUGCGUACCAUUCUUUCCUCAGUUACUCACAACGGCAAACAGUUGAUGAUGACGGUGGGCUUGCUGGCAGUGGUGGUGUACCUCUACACUGUGGUGGCGUUCAACUUCUUCCGCAAGUUCUACAACAAGAGCGAGGACGAGGACGAGCCUGACAUGAAGUGUGAUGACAUGAUGACCUGUUACCUGUUCCACAUGUACGUGGGCGUGCGAGCUGGCGGCGGUAUAGGAGAUGAAAUCGAGGACCCGGCCGGGGACGAGUAUGAGCUCUACCGAGUGGUUUUCGACAUCACCUUCUUCUUCUUUGUCAUCGUUAUCCUGCUGGCCAUCAUCCAGGGUCUGAUCAUCGACGCCUUUGGAGAGCUGAGAGACCAGCAGGAGCAGGUCAGAGAGGACAUGGAGACCAAGUGCUUCAUCUGCGGAAUAGGGAGUGACUACUUUGAUACGACUCCGCAUGGCUUUGAGACGCACACCUUAGAAGAACACAACUUAGCCAACUACAUGUUCUUCUUGAUGUAUCUCAUCAAUAAAGACGAGACGGAGCACACCGGACAGGAGUCGUACGUAUGGAAGAUGUACCAGGAGCGUUGCUGGGACUUCUUCCCAGCCGGAGACUGCUUUAGGAAGCAGUAUGAAGACCAGCUGGGAUAA